AUGUCCAUGGCGGUGCCGAGCACGCUCCGCGCCCUGGCCCCUCCGGCUCUGCACCCGUGCCCUCUGGGGACGAGCGGGUCCGCGCGCCCGUCGCCGGCGCACCGGGCGGCGCGGGGGAUGAUGACGACGGUGGCCCGGCGGAGGGGCGUGGCGGUUGCGGCGGCGGCGGUGGCGGCGGACGCGGGGUGGCUGGAGCGGCUGCCGGAGAAGGAGAAGCCGCUGUACGCGCACAGCCUGCCGUGCAUCGAGGCGUGGCUGCGCAGCGUCGGGUUCGCGCAGUCCCGCGAGGACCGCGCCGUGUGGGUCGCCGAGACGCCGCUCUGGCACGCCCGCCUCAGCCUCGACGCCACCGACCUCCACAUCAGAUACCUGAAGAGCGGCCCGGGGAACCUGGAGAAGGACAUGGAGAGGAGGUUCAGCUACGCCCUGAGCAGACAAGACAUCGAGAACGCCAUCCUCGGCGGACCCUGA